CAGCGCUGCUUCCUCGAGGGCCCGCCCGGCCUCGCCCUCUGCGUCCUGCUCGAGGCCCUCGGCUCCGCGGGCCCCGGGCUCGCGCCGAGGGAGGUGGCGGCGAUGCUGGAGCGGUUCCUGCGGGAGGGGCGGCUGUCAGCGCUGCUGUGGGACGGGUGUCAGCAGCAGGCGCACGGUGGGUGCCCGGAGCUGCAGGACGCCCUGCUCAACAGAAUCGUGUGUUUGCCUGAGCACGUGAGCAAUAAACUCCAGGGGGAAAACCCGCCAGUGUUCUUCCCGCAGAACUACUUCCCUCUCCUGGGAGCUGCAGUUCUCCAGGUGCUGCAGAUGAUCUCCGACUCUCUGCGAGGUGGCUUGGACUGCUCCAUCUCUUUUGUUUCUCAUGUCCUGGGGAAGGUGUGCAUUCACGGAAGGCAAAAGGAGAUUCUGGGUGUUCUGGUGCCCCGCCUGACAGAGCUCACUAAGUCAGACUGCAUCUGGCAGAGGAUCUGCUGGCGGCUGGUGGAGUGUGUGCCAGAGCGCUGGAUGGAGGCGGUGGUCCUUGGCUUUGUGCAGAGAGCACCUGGGUCAGAUGUCUUGUCCAGAUUACUGGGGAACCUGGUUGUGAAGAACAAGAAGGCUCAGUUUGUGGUGACGCAGAAGGUGCUGCUCUUGCAGUAUGGCCACACGACGGCGGUGCUGCAGAACCUCCUUGGGUACCUGUCCCUGGACAGCCUCCGGCGGGCCCUGCUGCUCAGAGUGCUGCAGGAGCUGUUGGAGACCUGGGGCAGCAGCAGUGCUGUGAAACACUCACCACCCGAUCAGCAGCUGUAUAUUAGCAAGGCCAUCCUCAUCUGCCUCUCCCACCUGAAGGAGUCUGAAAUCGAGAGCCGCAGACAAGAGCUUCUCACAAGCAUGAUGGAGGGUGUGAAGUGCCACUUGGACAGCAGUCUGCCACAGCUCCGGCGUCUGGGAAUGGUGGUGGCAGAGAGCAUCAGCUCCAAAAUAAACAUGGAGGGACCUGUCCUGAAGUUUGAGUAUGAAGAAGAUGAUGAAACAAGAGAAUUGAGGUCCCUUCUGGUGCAAACUCCACCACUGUGUGUUGUCCCCAGCCUUCCAGGUGAUGACCGGAGUAAGAAAGCAGGUGCUGCACUGCCACUGGUACCAGAAAGUAACAAGAAAUCCCAGACAGCAGCCCCUGUGAUGCCAGAUGAGGAGUCAGAUGCUGAGCUUGACAGUGAUGAUGACCUCGUCCCUUAUGACAUGUCAGAGGAUAAAGAGCUGAAGAUUAAGGUUCCUGUGUAUAUCCGAGACUGCAUUGAAGUUCUGACAGGAUCUGAAGAUGUGGACAAAUGGGAGGCUACAGUCAAGGCUCUUGAGAACUUGAUUCGGAGGAAUCCAGCAGCAACAAGAGAGGUUAGUGUGGAGCUGGCAAAAAUAUUAUUGCAUUUGGAGGAGAAGACCUGCAUCGAAGGCUUUGUGGAGCUCCGUCAGAGAGCUCAAGUAGCUGUUUUAACCACAGAUCCAAUACCUGUUUCAAAGUACUUGACCUCCCAGUUCUACUCUCUCAACUACAGUCUCCGUCAGCGCAUGGACAUCCUUGAUGUAUUGGUUUUGGCAGCUCAGGAACUGUCCUGUCCCAAAUUCCAUGGGAAGCCCAAGCAUUCUGAUGCCCAAAAGCCUCGUAUUGAGGUCCUUCCUGGAAAUGACAGCUCUAAGGACUGGAGAAGAAUUGUUGAUGAGAGGAUCAAAAGCAAGACUCGGAGAUUUGCUACGCGUCAGUGUCACGUGGAACCGGCUUCCAGCCCAAACCAGUUCAGUUCUGUUGCUGGGCACUUCUUCUUUCCAUUGCUUCAGCACUUUGACAGGCCUUUGACAACAUUUGAUCUCCUGGGGGAAGAUCACUUAGUCCUCGGAAGGCUGGUCCACACCUUAGCAGUGCUGAUGUACUUGGCUGUCAAUGCUGUGGCAGUGACAGCAAUGGGAAAGGCACUGCUGGAGUUUGUUUGGACUCUGCGUUUCCACACGGACUCGUAUGUGCGCCAGGGCCUCUUGUCCUGUAUCUCCUCCCUGCUCCUCAGUGUCCCUGCAGAGCUGCUUCUGGCAGACAUGACAGAGGAGCUGUUGGAGACUCAGUCCUGGCUGGGAGAUACGGUGGAGAAAGAUCCUGAUGGGGACUGCAGGAGGCUGGCCCUGCAGAACUUGCUGCUCAUGGAGAACCUGAAAAAGAAACUUGAAGCUGUCCCUUCCUAGCUGAAAGGGUAACAGAAGUGGCCUUUAGCUCAUGCUCUUGCCAGCUGAAUGUGUUUGGGCACUGCUGGGGCCUCUUCAGCAGUCACCUGGCUGGAGGAGAGGAAAAAGGGGGAAGGGUGCUGAGCUGUGAGCCAACAGGUCUGACUUGACAUCUGGACUUUGUAGUGGAGGCCAAUUGAGUGAGCUCUUGGUAUCCGGUACAGCGAGUACAGAUGCAGGAAGGCAGUGAGCACUGCCAUCCUCCCCCAACCCCCACCCAGCUAUUUAUAACCCUGGCAGGUCUGAGCACUCAGCUAAAAAUAUGGGGAAGAUCUCAUGGAGCCUUCUUGUCAGACAAACAGGAGGGCUGGGGACAGCACUUGCCACUCUGACCUGCCCCUGACAAAGGCUCCUGCACCCCUGAGCAGGCAGUUUGGGGUGACAGCUGUUGGCCUGCUGCUGGAAGGGGUGGCAUGGAAUGGCACUGUUGAUGGGAUGCAAACACUGGAUAGCUACACUGAACUGCUGAAAAUGUGCUGGACCUAACUAACAUUCAGAUUUUGACGUUAAAAUCUUCCCCACUCUUCUUCUUUGAAAGCAAUUUAAAAACUUUAUAUUCACCCCAAGUUUUGAAGCAAGUCACAAAACAUGAAAAAGAAAAAUCAUUUAAGCAGAAGGGCUGAUUGGUAAGAGAUGCGAGUGACCUGAUUACUACCCCUUGGUGGGGCGGGGUGACGGGCUGAGAGGUGAGCAGGAGCUUGGUUGGUACACUGAACUUCACUUCUCACAGUCCUGCUUGUGCCAGCGGAGAAAUUUGCAUCUGAAAAUAUGACUAGAACAGAGUGGCUUGAUGUAACUGGUGUUUGGAGAAGGAGCUUCCCUGUGAGAAGGAAGUUUUACUUGCUCAGAGUGACCCCCCCCCCCCCCCUUGAGCAGGGUUUGGACCAGGAGGCAUCCAGGGUCGCUUCCAGCCCAGCCAUUCCGUGGCUCUGAUGUUUAGCCCAGAUGUCUGUAAGUGGUCUCCCCAACAUGACCCUCUGAUGUAUUUAAAUACAGAAGCUUUGGGUGAGGGAAGUCGGCCUUCAGCCUGCAGGAGGGGGGUAGUUUGAUUUUUUAACCAUGGCCCUUCCAAAUGGGAUGGAGAUUGUUUUUAGAAGGUCUCGCUUCUAGGGAAUUAUAGAUCAAAGUUGUACUUGAGAAUUUUGUCAACUCAUGGUUUCCACUUCAGUUACUCAGCUCUUUUCUGGACUCAGAAAAAGCCCUGAAUAUGCAGUUCUUACUGUUUUUUUUCUGUCUCAAAUUUAUUAAAAUACUAAAGCCAGGUUUUUAA